AUGUACAAAGCUCCCGGGUUAGAGCUGAUGCUGUUCGGAAUCUACGACCAAAAUUUGUUAUUACAAAAUCAGAGUUUCUACCCAUUCUGGCUCGCCUCACUGCUAUGCGAAUUAUUUGGGAGCUCGAUAACGAUCGGAUUGGGAUUGUGCCUGCUCCACGUCGCCAAAAACUCGCGCGUCUUCAACAAGAAACUGAUCCAUAUCAUAUGGUUAUUUAUGGCCAAAAAUAUUAUUGGGGAGAUUGCUCGAUUCCUAUUAAUGCUCUAUCAAUUUCGGGUUAUUCCCGUCCAAGGUGAUAUUCUUGCCGAUCUGCCCCUAUUUUUCCUCUCCGCCUGCCGCACAUUUGUGUACUGUAGCGAGGUGAUGUUCGUAGUCGAAGUGCUGUGCGAGCGGUGCAUGGCUAUUGUAUUUGUCCGGGACUAUGAGUACAUGAAACGGGUCUGGCUCGAAUGGAUUAUAUUCACGUAUUCGAAUUUGAACUGCUUGAUCGUGACGCUGGCUUUCCAUUUUUUAAGCGUUCAGCAGCACAACUUCAUGUUCAAGCUUAUGCUCCCCUUGACUCUAUGCUGUAUAAUCGGCACGCUAAUUCGGUUCAACAACAAAAUUUCCGAGCGUCUCGAAAAGUUCGACAUCAGGAGAUACAGCCUGAGCACCAAGUUUCAGGUCGUGGAGAAUUCGAAAGCGUUAAAGAUACUCCAAUGGAUAUUCCUGGGCCACAGUAUAUUCUGCUUAUUUGGCAGUUGCCUAUUUACAAUUCCGAACAUCAUUUUUGAAAAUGAGACACCAGAAUUGGAACUGUCGACUGCAUGUCUUGAAGCAGUUCAGAGCCUAUACGGCGUCUUCUACACAAUAUCUCUACUCAUCUUAAUACCACCGUGGCGUCGAAAACUAUUUGAUUUGGCCCAAAUCCGACGAAGAAAGUCCUGCCGCGUGCAAUUUGCAUAUUCCCAACCUAAAAUCCUUGCCGUUUCGCCAGCUGAAUGUGAUGAACACUUCAACCAUUUGAAGGAGAUUUGGGGGAAA